AUGCUCAUGUAUGCAGAAAAAUCUUAUGUGCGAAAGCCCAAGGACAAUUGCUUGGUGGUGCAACAGAUGUGGGAAGCUGUCCGUGCUAAUGAUAAGAAAGCUGUGUACAGUCUCAUUGUCAACUAUGAAGCAGAUGUGAAUGCUGUCUAUGACCAAGCAUCUUCGUGUUCUUCUUUAACACUUGCCAAAGUAAUGUUGCAAGAGCAGACCAGCCUUGAUCAUAACUCGGGUUGCUUAAUACGGGAGACAUCAGGAAAGUCCUUCUUGAACUCUUCAAGUGUUGCAAACACAAGUGAAGGCCGCAUGGUGGAGGAUAUUGAUGGUUGCUCCCUGCUUCACCUGGCUUGUGAAGCUGCAGACAUUGGCAUGCUAGAGCUCCUUCUGCAGUAUGGUGCAAAUAUGAAUGUUCGUGAUUCAAGAGGUCAGACGCCGCUCCAUCAGUGUAUUCUCAGAAAGAAAGCUACAUUUGCGAAGCUUCUUCUUUCAAGGGGAGCUGAUCCACAGGCUAUAAACGGGGAGGGUAACACCCCACUUGAUCUUGCAGUGGAGUCAAAGUUUGAUGAUUAUGAGGAGAAAAGGAUGUUCACAAAUUUGAUUGUCCCGAGAGAGGCAGGUUAGCAUGCUCGUCUGUAAGAACUUGUGCAAAAUGGUACCCUUUUGU